AUGUCAGAGAAUCAACCCAAUUCGCACCUGGAACCCCCUCAAAAGAGCGUGGAGUUGGAAGACCCCGGGGCCCAGGAAUCUGCAUCCAACAGCGACGACGAAGACCACUUUUCAGACGCUAGUGAAGGCAAUCCACGUUCGCACUCUCGAACAACAUCCGGUCACGCUUCUCCUAUUCCCCGGACCCGAGUCGAGAAAGUGGACGAUAACCCCUCCCAUGGAGAAGUUCCCGGAACAGCCGCCUACGAGAAGAGAGAGAAAGACUCAGUUCCAGAUGAGGUCGAAGUAAUCCCCGAAGGUUCACGCAGCAGAAGUCAAUCGACAGCGCAAUCCCCAGCAAACAGGGCCUCAUCAGUUCCCCGGACGGUUGUCGAAAGGGUCGACCCGGAGCGUCCAAGCCAUGGCGAUAUUCCCGGUACAGAUGCGUACGAUAAGCGCAGAGCAGAUGCGGUUCCUGAUCUUGUAACGACGGCCCCGGAGUCAGGUGGUACACUGGAACUCAAUCCCGAGUCCAAGCCCGAUGCUGUCCCUGCUAUUGCGGAGGUGCCCGAGACGGUGGUUUCACAGGUAGAGACUCCGACUGAGGAGGAGCCCGAGUCAAGGCCACACGCACACCGUCGCAGGCCCAGUGAUGCUUUGCCGGAUUCGGUAGAGACUGUGCCAGAUGCCCCAGAUCCACAACCGUUGUCUGCGACUAGUAUCGAGCAAGGAUCAUCAGAUAUAACUGAGAAUGAUCAGCAAAAGAUGGGUGAUGAUGGCGACAUUGGCAACAAUAGCACAACUAUGCCCGGAGCCCUCCCAGAAGAUGAAGAUGACGCUGCCGUGGACGACUUUGAUGACUUUGCAGAGCAACAAGGGGACAUGGGAGAUGAUGAUUUCGGGGACUUCGAUGAUGGUUUCCAAGAGCCUGAGGAGGUUGUUGAAGCUGAGGCCAUGGAUCAAAGCACACUAGCGACGCCUCAACUACCGACUCCUUCAGUCCCAUCACUCAUAGACUUCGACGCCAUCCGAUCCCUUCCCGACCUCCACGCCGCCCUCGAAGCCCCCCUCGACCGUCUCUUCCCCACCUCCAAAAACAUCAGCUCCCUCCCCCCAGUCCAGCCCAUCGAAAACGCCUCCGCCAUCUUCCACACAGACCGCUCCCUCUCCCUCUGGUCCCAGCUCGUCGCCCCGCCCCCUCUCCAGCCCCAGAACUGGGUCAAAUCCCGAAUCCGCCGCCUCUUCCUGGUCUCCCUAGGCGUUCCCGUCGAUCUAGACGAGAUUCUGCCCGCCUCGAAACAAAAGAAACUCAUACUCCCAGGCGAUACAACCACCGCCACAGUCACAUCAACAACAGCCACAACAACCACCCACUCCUCGAUCACAACAGCUACAACAACCCAACAACAACAAACAAAAUCCACCACAUCUUCCUCCCGCCGCGGACCACAACCCCCACCAGACUUCGACCUCUCCUCCGUCGGCCGCCUCUGCUCGACAACCGACGCCGCACUUUCAGGCCUCACAGACCCGGAACUGCAAUCACAUGUCAACGAGUUACACGGCGUUACACAGACGGCGAGCGCGGUGCUGGAGUACUGGCUGAAGCGGUAUGAUGAGCUGGUGAAGGAGAAGGAAGCGUUUGAGGGGGUUAUUGAGAAUUUAGUUAGUCAUGCUAGGAGGGUUAGGAAGUAG